AUGGUUUUCGUGGCUUUCCUCGUACUACUUCCGACUGCAGUUUUAGGGGAAUGUACUUGUGAAGCGGACGAGGAAGAUCGGAACAAAAGUUUAGCACUCAAAUAUAAGUUAGCUGCACUUGCUUCAAUCCUCGUUGUGAGUGUAAUUGGGGUUUGUCUUCCCGUUUUGGGGAAGACCAUACCAGCUUUGAGUCCAGAGAGAAGCUUUUUCUUCAUUAUAAAGGCUUUCGCAGCCGGAGUUAUUUUGUCCACAGGUUUUAUUCACGUGCUUCCUGAUGCGUUCGAAAACUUGACAUCUCCGUGUAUUAGUCCCCAUCCGUGGGGAGAUUUUCCAUUCACGGGCUUUGUCGCAAUGGUUUCCGCCAUUGGGACUCUUAUGGUGGACACAUACGCAACCUCCUAUUACAGCAAGAAAUCAAGCGGCAAGGCACAAAUAGCUAGUGGCGAUGAAGGAGGAGUUGUCCCUGUUCAUACUCAUGCCACCCACGGUCACGCACAUGGAGCAGUGUCGAUGGAAAUUGAUUUUGGUGAAACACAACUUCUUCGUCACCGCGUAAUCUCACAGUUGGGAAUUAUAGUCCAUUCUGUAAUUAUUGGAAUUGCUUUAGGUGCUUCUGAAAGUCCUAAAACGAUAAGGCCUUUAAUUGCUACUUUGACCUUCCAUCAAUUCUAUGAAGGCAUGGGCCUAGGAGGAUGCAUAAGCCAGGCUAAGUUUAAAUCACGAGAAGUUGUAAUAAUGGCCCUCUUCUUCUCGCUCACAACCCCAAUAGGCAUCGGAAUAACCAAAAUUUAUAGUGAGACCAGUCCCAAUGCUCUUAUUAUUGAAGGAAUUUUUAACGCAGCAUCGGCCGGAAUCUUGAUCUACAUGGCACUAGUAGAUCUUCUUUCAGCCGACUAUAUGAGUCCUAGAAUGCAAAGCAAUGGAAAGCUUCAGUUAGGUGCAAAUAUUUCUCUUCUUACUAGGCGUUGGAUGUAUGUCUCUCUUGGCCAAGUGGGCUUGAGAUACAUCACAUGUUUUUGUUCAUCCUCUUUCUCCUUGAACACUACUGAGCACAUUUUUGGGGAAUGUACUUGUGAAGCCGACGAGGAAGAUCUGAACAAAAGUUUAGCACUCAAAUAUAAGUUAGCUGCACUUGCUUCAAUCUUCGUUGCGAGUGCAAUUGGGGUUUGUUUUCCCGUUUUGGGGAAGACCGUACCAGCUUUGAGUCCAGAGAGAAGCUUUUUCUUCAUUAUAAAGGCUUCUGAAAGUCCUAAAACAAUAAUGCCUUUAAUUGCUGCUUUGACCUUCCACCAAUUCUUUGAAGGCAUGGGGCUAGGAGGAUGCAUAACCCAGGCUAAGUUUAAAUCACGAGCAGUUGCAAUAAUGGCCCUCUUCUUCUCGCUCACAACCCCAAUAGGCAUCGUGAUAGGCAUCGGACUAACCAACAUUUAUAGUGAGAUCAAUCUCAAUGCUCUUAUUGUUGAAGGAAUUUUUAACGCAGCAUCGGCCGGAAUCUUGAUCUACAUGGCACUAGUCGAUCUUCUUUCAGCCGACUUUAUGAGUCCAAGAAUGCAAAGCAAUGGAAAGCUUCAGUUAGGUGCAAAUGUUUCUCUUCUUCUAGGCGUUGGAUCAAUUAAAGGCAUUAUCGUUUUGGGACUUGCAAAAGCCUUUAUAAUGAAGAAAAAGCUUCUCUCUGGACUCAAAGCUGGUAUGGUCUUCCCCAAAACGGGAAGACAAACCCCAAUUGCACUCGCAACGAGGAUUGACGCAAGUGCAGCUAACUUAUAUUUGAGUGCUAAAAUUUUGCUCCGAUCGUCCUCGUCGGCUUCACAAGUACAUUCCCCUAAAACUGCAGUCGGAAGUAGUACGAGGAAAGCCACGAAAACCAUCUUGCAAACCCAUUCACGUGAAUAUGACUGA